CGUGACCGGGGCGUUCCCGCCGGUCACCGUGACCAGCUCGUGGGCAUGGUGCUAGGUGGGCAGGAGCAGAUGAUGAGGCCGGAGAAGGAGGAGCACGGCGGCGGUAUUCUGCACCGCUCCGGCAGCUCCGGCUCCAGCUCGAGUGAGGAUGAUGGCAUGGGAGGACGAAGGAAGAAGGGGCUGAAGGAGAAGAUCAAGGAGAAGCUCCCGGGUGACCGCAAGACCGACGAGCACGUGCAGGAGCACGGCACCGCCGCCACCACCGGAGCUCGCGGUAGAGCUGCGACCACGACGACUGCAGGGCAGGAGGAGACAGCAGAGAAGAAGGGGAUGAUGGAGAAGAUCAAGGAGAAGCUCCCCGGCGCCAACCGCUAAGCUCAUUAUAAUUGUCACGCAUAUAUAUAUAACGUGCGUGAUGCUAGUAUAUGGCUAUUGGAAAUAAGGCUCCGGCACGUGCUUUCUGUGCACGCGCGUGCUGUAGUUGGUGUGGUUUUGUUGCGCACGCACGUGUCGUGCGUGUGAGGAUGCGUGUCUACUGUUGUUGUGGUUUAUGUUUUUUGCGGAGUAUGUCGUUUAUAUAGAUAAUUAAAAAAAUAUU